CUGCAGUCAGUGUGCGGAUGAACCCGACGUUCACGCAGAACACAGUCAGACCUGAAGGACUUUAAACCAUCGUCUCUCCUCUCCCUGGCUUGUUUCGGUGAACAGAUAGGAUUUACAUGCUGCCACCUGCUACCUAUCAUCAAAUAGCUCCAGUGUGAGCGAGCUCCAGUUCCAGCUGGCCUCCCCACUGCGCUGCUCCUAUGGCGGACUCUCCUCUUAACCACUCCUGGCCCUCCUUCUCCAAACUCUGGAUGAAGAGAUGGUCCUUCAAGAGAGCAUCAGAGUGCAAGCCAUGUAGUCAGCCCUGUGGGCCUCCCAGUGCCCAACUCAGUGUCCAGCCUCAUGCUCCCAGCGGGUCAGGAUCUUCCUCCUCACUAUCCCCUGUCUCGAUCGCUGAGGAUGUCUUCUUUGGUAGCACCAGUGAAGACCAGGAUGCAUGUUCAGUUGUCAGUGACUACGACUGUCCCUAUGUGGAGGUGAGCAACAGUGUGGAGGACCUGCUGGGCCUCAGCUCUUCUCUCAGAGACUCUGAGUACUUUAAAGACCUGGAGGGAGGGAUACCAGCUUCACAGUCUACUGCAUCCCCAGUAACCACAGUCCCAGAGAGCAAAACCCUAACUGUUGGCCUACAGGUGUCCCUUAACACAGACAGUCCUGCCAUCAACCAACCUGUACAGACUUCUUUGACCAGACACUCCCCUUGGGUCAAUGCACCAUCUUCCCCCUACUUUACAUACCCUGCAGAGGAACCUCAUCAAAACUUGGUGGUCACACAGCUUAGUCCUAAGUUAUUGCCAGGUUGUAUCAUUGACAGCGGUGACCUUUCAGGACCUGCAGUAGGGCUUAGCUUGACAAUUAAUCUGAAUGGACUAUUGGGAUCAAUGGAAACAGCAAAAGGAAUAACAGUGUCAGACGAAGUACAGGAGCAAGCCAGUAUGGAUUUUGAUGGAGAACCAGACCUGGACAGCUUUCCUAAUUUGGUCAGAUCCAUGUCAACGUCUCGGAGGCACAGCUGGGGUGUCCCUGUGUCCCCCAUUGACCUGGGGAGGAGACUGAGUCUGGAUACCAUGGCCAUGGACAGCGAUGGAGAGCGAGAGGAUGAUGAGGAGAGACAGUCUGACAGCUGCACAGCAUGUCCUGGAGAGGUGACAGAUGGCCCCAGGCUGAGGGUCCCCUGUCCAAGAGCCAGAGUCACUAGCAUGUGCUUUCAGGCCGGUGGUGUGCCUGGCAGGCAUCUAUACUCCCGCUCAGAGAUCCUUGCCACAGACGAAUGUUCCCGUGCUGCACACAUUUCUCGUGUUGUACAGACAUCCAAACAGGCCGCAAGGGCUGCAGGAGCAGAGGAGUUUGACCCUGAAGAAAACCUACAUUCUACUGAAGGACAGAGCCAUAUGCUGAUGGUACAGAAAGUUCUGCAGGAGCUAAAGCAGUACCAUGGAGCGAAGCAGAGGAACAACAGACCAGACACCAAAGUUUCGGGAAAUGUCACUUGGUACGAGUUCCUCUCUAAUGAGAAUGAGGAAGAGGAGGAUCGUACAGAGAAGGUGGAGAAAGGCACCAAGGUGAAGAGGACUCUCAGCUCUCUGAGGAACAGGAUGACUGGCUCUUUUAAUAAAGAUAAGGGUAAGAACCGAGAAAAAGAGCAGCAGAAAGAGAAGGGGAAGGAGAGGGAGAGCAAAGAGAAAGUGUGCAGUGACAGCAGCAACAGGCAUUAUUUGAUGCCAGGCGCUUUCUCUAGCUGUGCCACCUGCUCACUGUGCAGCAAGACCCUACAGAAAAAGCAUGGCCUGCAGUGCAUGAAUUGUGCUGUGAAUGUUCACAAGAGCUGCAAGUCUCUGCUGGGUGAGUGCACCAGCAGCAAGAAUAAGAGAAAUUCGCUACUGAGGACUGGCUCAUCGGGAUCUCCUAACCUUGCGCUAAAAUACCGGGACAGAGAGCGGGAGCAGUCAGGCUCAGCCUCAUCACAGGCCCUGGAUGGCCACCCAGGUUUUCUCAGCACCCCAGGCAUGACCAUUAAUCCGUGGGGACCUAGCACUCAGCCGACUGCCACGCAUACCACCAGCUCCACCGCAGCCUCUGCCUCCAGCCUUGGCCACAGCCUUUGUCACCACAACAGCUCAGGAUCCCUCCCCGGGGAGAUGGAUGAGACAGAUGCUCUCCGCUCCAAACGCUGCAACGAAGACGCCAUUUCCCUCGCUCCCUCCACCACAGAGUCCAACAUUGUUGAAGAUGCUCACUAUGCAGCAGUGCGGGCUGAUCUGGAGUCUGAUGCCCAGGACCUGGAGGCAGAGUCAUGGAGUUUGGCAGUUGACCAGCAGUAUAUUAAGACGUUCUCUAAAGAAAUGGUGAAGAGACAGGAUGUAAUAUAUGAGCUGAUGCAGACGGAGAUGCACCAUGUGCGAACACUGAAGAUAAUGCUGCGUGUGUAUGUCCGGGAGUUGAAGGAGAACCUCCAUAUGGACUCGGGCAGGCUGGACUGUCUGUUCCCUCGCUUGGAAAACCUCCUUGAGCUUCACACACAUUUCCUGUCUCGUCUCAAAGAGCGGCAGCGAGAAAACCUUGUCUCGCCCAACGACAGGAACUACACUAUCAACAGAGUGGCAGACAUUCUGAUCGCACAGUUCUCGGGUGAAAUAGGAGAGAGGAUGAAGGACAGUUAUGGAGAUUUCUGCAGUCACCACACUGAGGCUGUCAGCUACUACAAAGAACAGCUGCAAAACAACAAAAAGUUCCAAAACAUCAUACGGAAAAUCAACAACCUGUCCAUUGUGCGGAGGUUAGGAGUGACCGAGUGUAUUCUGUUGGUGACACAGCGCAUUACCAAGUACCCAGUACUAGUGGAGCGCAUUCUGCACAACACUGAAGCGGGUACAGAGGAGCAUGAGGAUCUGACUCGGUCGCUGGGUCUGAUUAAAGACACCAUCGUUCAGGUUGACGCGCUGGUUAAUGUCCAUGAAAAGAACUCUCGACUGAGAGACAUACAGAACAAGAUGGAGCCAAAGGCACUGGGAAAAAUCAAAGAUGGCCGAGUGUUUCGCAGGGAGGACCUGGCACAGGGCAGGAGACAGCUGCUGCACGAGGGCACAGUCAACUGGAAAGCUGCUUCUGGCAGGCUCAAAGAUAUUCUUGCAGUGCUCCUGUCAGAUGUGUUGCUCUUGCUACAGGAGAAGGAUCAGAGAUAUGUAGUUGCUACAGUGGAUAACAAGCCGUCAGUGAUCUCUCUUCAGAAGCUGAUUGUCAGGGAAGUGGCCCAUGAGGAGAAAGCCAUGUUUCUUAUCUGUGCCUCCUCCAAUGAGCCAGAGAUGUACGAGAUCCACACCACCUCCAAAGAGGAGCGAAACAGUUGGAUGGCACACAUACGGCAAGCUGUUGAGAGUUGUCCUCAUACAGAAGAGAGGCUGUUUAGUGAGGAGGAAGAGGCACGAGCUUUCCGGUUCAAAGAAUUUCAAGAACGGCUGAGCCAGAAGGAUGCAGUGAUUGUCCAGGCUCUUACUGAGAAGCUGCAGCUGUUUGCGGACAUGGCAGAGUCUGUGGCAGGUCUAGAGGACACAGCUUCACGUUCCAGACUUCUGCUUCGAGGAGAUGCCUCAGACCUCCAGCAGGGGGAGGCCCUGCUCAAAGGAGCUAUCACUGAGGUGGAGAACCUCCAGAACCUGCUGCAGUCCGGAGUGAGGGAGGAGGUUCCACCCUCACGGCUGGAGGAAGGGUGCGGCUCUGGGGUUCUGCCCAGACGAGCGGAUACCUUUGGAGGCUAUGACAGCAGCCCCACCAUCCUCAGUAAGAAUGGCAGUGUGAAGAAGAACUUUUCUGGUGAGUCCAGAAACAGAGACAGAAGCCAGAGAGCCAGCUCUGACCCUCAGCUAAAAGACCUCUGUGGCAGCCACACCCUGGAGCAGACGGUUGAUGAGAGCUGCUGCUCUCCUGCCAGAUGGAACCGCAUCUGGUCUGACUCCUUCCCCGAGGCUGAGUUCUUUGACAGAGUGCUGAUGCUGUCCCAAAGGCUCUAUAGUCUGCAGGCCAUCAUAUCACAGCAGGACAGUCACAUUGAGCUGCAGCGGGCCUCGUUGACAGAGCGGGCCUCCCUGCCCGGCCGCCACAGAGGGAACGUGCUCCUGGAGCAGGAGAAACAGCGGACUCUGGCCCUGCAGAGAGAAGAGCUGGCCAGCUUCCACAAGCUGCAGUCUCAGCACCGGCAGGAGCAGCAGCGCUGGGAGAGGGAGAGGGAGAGGCACCGCCAGCAAGCCGAGGCCACUGAGGCCAGGCUCCGACAAAGGGAGGAGGAGUGCAGACGGCUGGAGGAGCAUCUGGCAGAAGAGAGGAAAGAGCUGGAGAGUCAGAGGGAGACGUACCAGGAGGACCUGGAGAGGUUGAGAGAGUCCACCAGAGCUGUGGAGAAAGAAAAGGAACGCCUGGAACACCAGAAGAAGAUCAAGAGGAAGACUAUUGAGGUUGCUCCUCUGUCUGGCAGUUUAAACGGGGAGCUCCUCCUGUCCUCUGGCCUUGCCAGCUCCACCAGUGUCUCCGACCUUCCCCUGCCCCAGAAGCCCCUAGUACGUGCCAGCCUGUCUGUUGCACCAGCUGACUAUCCAGAGCGCCCUGAAGUGAUGUUGCGGCGGGAGGUGAGCUCUUCCACCCUGCCGCUGAAGACGGAGGUGCCGCUUCAUCUCUUCAGCACCACCAACCAGUUGCACAAACCGGUGGGGGUGCAGCAGCAGAUCCCCACCAAGCUGGCCGCCUUCAGCAGCGGCAAAGGGAAAGGAGGCAAGAAUGGCAAAGCCUCACAUCGCACCGACAGCACUGCCUCAGUGGAUAUGAAGCAGAUGCUGCCACUGAAGUUGUCCGCCCGAGACGACAGCUCCCUCAAGGCCAAGCGCUCCAUCAGCCCCCACCAGCAGCUUCCGCUGUCAGCCCCUCCUCACCCUCACUCCCUGCAUCACCACGCAGAUCAACUCAGUCCUCCAGACAACGCUGGACCAGACACCCAAUCCACCUCCUCUAUCAGCACCUCCCACCCUCUAAAUGUUCAGAAGCCCCCCAUGCCUCCUACACAGUCCCAUCCUCAGCCCUCCAUGCAGCCUUCCACCAUCCCUCCCCACUCGCAGAGCACCGGCUCCCUCCAGUUCCAGUCCCAUCUGCAGCCGCAGGGCCUCAGUCCGAACGCCCAGGCCCAUGUCCUGGUAAAUGUUCAUGGGCUCACCCACAGCCACAGCAUGCCGCCACCCUACAAGAUCAACACAGAAGACCUCAAUAAGGAGGACGUCAUCUUCUUCUAAACUCCAGUCUGCUGCCCUCAGAUCACCCGCAAAAACAAAAAAGAAAAGAAGUAUGGAAUGGUUGCUGGUCCCAAAUGUGAUGUUGAUGGUAUGUUUACUGCGGGCAGGUGUGGUGUUAUUGAGGCUUCAUAAGGUAUAUGAAGUAAUAGUACAUAAUAGUUUAAAUCUGUACAAAGUUGCAGCAAGUGCAGCGGAGAGCAGAGCCUUUUCCAGCACUUAAGUGGCCGAUGCAGAAAAAUGUUAUUCAAGAAAGAUGACAUUUCUAUUUUAUCACUGCUACCCCUUCUUUGUUUUUAAGCUGCCACAGUUUCUUUUUCUUUCAUUUUUAGUUUCAUUUCUUAACUCAAAAGUAUGGCAGGUACAAAGAGGAAACCUUUGGCAAAACAAAGGCUUCUUGUAACAUGAAUGAAAAGGUUUAAAUGAAGUUAUAUCAAUCCAAAGACGUUAGCCACAAGAGCUGAAGAGGAUUUGACUGAAAGGAACAAUGUGAAAGAAAAACAAUUUAGAUUUUCUGGAGACUCCGAUCAGGCUAGUUAGUGAAGCAUGAAAAGUGAAAGCGAUGGCGCCCUGGCCUUAACCGUCGUCUGCUUCUACUGGACCUGCAUCUGCAAGAAAUGAUACAACAGGAACCCAGAAGUGAUCCAAGUCUUAAUACAUGAAUACUCUCUGCUUUGUGUUUCAUUUGCACAGUGUAAAUACUCCAUUCCAGACUAACGAAUGAACUUUUAUGGUCUAAAUGUGUAUUGUUUGGUUGUACAGUUGUCAAAAUUGUGAAGGUUCAUUUCAUUUUGUUGUUCUUGUUCUUCUUAACCAUGCUUAUAACAGAAGGCUGAAAUUGUGGAAUACUCUUCUAGUGUUGCCACUGGUUGUGAAACUUGACUUUGGUCAGCAGAUUAGAAACAGACAGUUUUUUCACCCAGGAUGUUGUGUAAUAAUGCUUCAUUUCAAUUAAGGGAGAGUUCAGCUUGUGGCAAAUUCCACUGUUUUUCAACUCAUGCAGAGUGAGACAAACUCAGGGAUGCCUUAUGUGGCUUUUAGUUGUGUAAGUUUAGUCUAUUUUAGGUCUUUUCUUGCAUUUCUUAGCAGUAGCUCUUAUUCUGCGCACUCCUUAUCUUUGCAUUAAUGGUAUUUCUAAACACCAUUUCACAAGUACAUACAGUUGGAUUUGUAUUUCUGCCACCAUGGCUGUGAGAUCUAACGGCAAACAGGUUAGCUGAUUGAUAAAAUAUCACUUCUUUAAUACAGGAAUUUGCUACAAAGAAAUGUGUAAAUCUGAGUAAGUACUUUAAUUAAAGUUGCCUUCAACCUUUAGAGUUUAAAAGGCAUAUUUUCCUAACUUUUAGCAGAGCUGCUAUUGACCCCAUAGACAUCCAGGAAAUGAGCUACACUUUGCACCAUUUAGCAUACUGUACCUUGUAGACAUGUAGAAAGGCCUCACUGAGUUUGUCUCACCCUGAGUUAUGUUUCACAAAAACUGUCCUUUUAAGAGACCCAUCUUUGAGAAACAUAUCUGUUGGCAUUUUGGUGGAACUGUAGUGUACUGGACAAUCCAUGACACUUCAUGCUGUGUGUUGUUUUAAGGAUCAAAUUAACUUUUAACUUUUUUCAGCAGAGAAAUGUGAAAAUCGAGAGAACAUCAUUAAUAAUCACAAAUCUUUGAGAUCUAUAUGAAGAUGUCAGUUUUAAUUGCGACCCUGAGGUCUCAUUCACAGUGUGUUUUAUUGAUUGCUGAUGGUAUUUCAUUAGCUGGGUCUUUAAUCUCUAUGCCUGAGAGAAAAGCCAUACUGUGACGGGUGCAGCGGUCCUGCAGCAAAAACGACUAUCAGCUGUUGUCUAAAAUUCCAGUCUAUAUCUUUCUUCACAGAAGAAAUAUAGAGAUCUAAUUUUCUUUCUCUGUAUAUGCGUGAGAACCCUUUAAAUCAUGAAGUAGUCGACACAUUCAUGUGUUUUGUGUCUCUUGAGGGAAAAAAUGUCAGAAGAGCUUUUUGUCUUUGUCCAAAUAAGUUUGUCUCUGAAGCUAUCGAUCACUUGCAGGAGUUUGAGCAGGUUUUCUGAGUUUUUUAUGUAUAUUAUGUAUAUUGCUGUAUAUACAGUGUGUGAUAUCUUCUGCACUGGCUGCCCUCUUACGCAUUGUUGUAUUAGGAACAGAGAUAUUCAACAUGAAUCAAGAUGCAAAGUCAGCCAAACGUCUGUUUGUGCAUAUGUGUAUAUACACUUAAAAUACACACAUGGGUGUGUAUGUACAAUACGGUACUCCUUGCUUGGAUAGACUCGUGGCAGUUUAAUGAAACCACAAUCAGUCAUCGCUGUUGUUUAAAUGAACUGAAAAUGAAGGUGUGCAUAUUUAAUCUCCUGAUGUGUGUUGAUGUUGUAGCAUUGAAGCCGAGGUGCACUGUCGUCUUUCUCCUGCGAUUCAUGAUGUUUCACCAAGAUUAUGUAGCAGUCGUUAAAAACUAAAGCAUCUGCUUGUUUCAGUUGGUUAAACCAAAGACACAUUCGGCUGACUGGGUUCCUGUCUGAGCCUCUUGUAUGAAGGAUAAAUGACACUGUGCUGGUCGUGUGGUUGUCCACAAAGUGUUAUUUCUUGUAAAAACGUAUUCCAGGGAGUGUCCAUAACAAGUGUGUUUACAGCAUAUUGUAAUCCAGCUCGUAUCCUGCUUCAGGUUUAAUUUUUGGAUUUGCUGUUUGUUUUUUGCAUCCUCAUGUCCAAAUCACAAAUAUCUCCUGAUACACAGAGCAUCAUCUUGAAACCAGAGCACACACAAACAACAAAUCAAAUGGGGAGUUGAAGUUCCCCAGUAUUCUAUAGUAUUGUGGCACAACCCAACUAUAGAGUCUGAAUUUUUCAUUAUCAGGAUAUGGUGAGAAGAUAUUGUAUUAAUGUACACCAUCUCUUAAACACAAUGGACUAUUAAUGUGCAUGUGAACAUACUUGGUGGUUUUCAGUGGGUGGAACCCUAUAAAUACUUAUAUAUUUUUCCAGACUUUAACAAAACAAUACCAACUCAAGGUCCACUUCCAAGCUUUUUCCCCCCAGAGCUUUCAACCAUAUGUCACAGUCUUCAUCAGCAUAGUUAAGCCAAUGCAUAACUUAAAGGCCAACACGGACGAGAAGUCCUAAAAGUGCUACUGAUAAAAUCAUGACAGCUACUGAUCUCGCAUGUGAGCAAACUCCAUCUGCUAGUGAAGAGCAUGUGAUGCGGUUGAAAGCUUCGGAAAAAGCCAUUAAGUGGAGCUUGAGUUGGGAUCGUUUUUGUCAAACAACUAUUUCCAAGGUUAAGAAUGACCUCUCGUGCUUCACUUUUCAAGAUCUUUCCACGUCUGUCCAUUUUCCUGUAUUUCCAAGUGUCUCCUUUAAUUCUGAAUGAGAGAUGUUUAAGCAACAGGAAAACUGGUGUAAGAGCGCUUUAGUUUUGCUCAAGGUACGAGACUUUUGGUAAACCUCAACAGAAGAGGUGAAUGCUGCCUGUUGGUGCCACUGUUUGGAUCAACUCAACUCUUAGAUGUUCUUUUGCUGUACUGAAAUGCUUAACGUUUUUGCUUCAAAACUUGGAAGCCAGUCAGUCACAUCACUGUGUGUGUGUCUGUGUAUUAUGUGUGUGGGUGUGUGUGUAUGCUCGCCACCAAAAACACAGCGGAAACAUUUCGAACCGACUUGCUUCCAGUCGUGUCUUUUAUAUACACACACACCCAUACACACAUAUUGGACCUUUAAUGUGUAAAUAGUCAUGAACAUAUUUUAUUUCCUCGGCCAAUUUUACACUAGUCACUUUGGAUAGUAGCAUACUUGAAGGGGAAAAUGAAUGUUUAUAAUGCUUAUUAUUAUUGUCUGUGAACUUUUAUUUACCAAGAGCUGUCUAAUGAUGUUUGUAGCACACAGCAAAACUGAUUUUUGUACCGUUUUAUUUUUUUCACUGCGAGACUUUAGAACAACCUGUGGACACAAACUGCUGCCUUAGAGAAAGUUUAGUAAUAAAAAGUCUUCAAAUGA